UGACGCCGCACCCAGCAGCAAGAGCUAGGAUCCUGUCAACGCCGACAUAUCGCCCGGCCCAGCAUCCGACAUAGGGAACCCAUCCAAGACCUCACCAACAACCGCCGCAUGCUAUCAACAUCAUGCGUCUCUCAAUAGGUGCCAGCUUUCUGGCGUUCGCGUUGGCGCACGCCUUUUCCGACUCUUCUCCUUUUGUCUUCCUUUCCACCGUCCAAAUAACAAGGCCCUCGACUGCGUCAAACGCCCAGCUGCAGAGCAGCUCUCAGGUCCUCUCGACGGCAAAGUUGAUGCUAGAGUCUUGCCCUACCGAACAAUACCUGCUCAUCUCCCAGCCGAACGCGCACGCGUCGGACCUGCGCUGCGCCGCGGACCACCCAGGCUGCCGCAAAGCCCCGAACCUCGUCCGCCAUGCUUCCUCUGAUUCGCCCCUCUCGGUUGCCGAGGUUUUUGGAAGCCUUUCGUUUAGUGAUUUCGCCGACCACAUCAAGGCUUCGUGUAUGCAGGUUGGAAAGACGGCUCAUGUCGUUGAGCAUACCCUGAAGGAGCUGCCAACAUCCAAUGAACCCGCUGAAAGAGCGGCUGCUCUGGAGGAGAAUGACCAGGAGCUUGGUAACAUCCUCGACACAGCUCACGAUGAGGGAGACUACACAGCCAUCUACUUCUCAAAUCCCAACGACUUCAAGCCAUACGAGUCCGGUUUUGAUGACUCGAUUCACAUGGAGCUGAAGCGCCAGCUCGUCGACACCCCGUUGGUCAAGCCCAGGGUAGCAGGCAAGUUCUCGGACAACUCGACCGGCCACCACGACGGUCUCUUCCACAGAUACCAGUUCUUUACUCCCGGCAUCUUCAUGGGUUUGCUUGCAAUGUUUUUGAUGAUGGCCAUUCUGUACGUUGGGCUCCAAGCGCUCGGCAGUCUCCAGGUUCCUUACGGAGCUUUCGAGAAGGAGAUGGGCCCUGCCGCGCAGAGGAAGAACCAAUAAGUUUGACGGCGAACGCAAGCAGACUGUUUUUUUAUUCAUUAUCUCUUUGGAUGGGAGCGGAGAAACUGCAUCUCUUCACUGGGAAUAUCGUGUAAAUCCAACAAGGCUGGGGAGUACCGGCGUGUAAUUCAACGCAUUGAUAUUGGACCUUGCCAUUAGGUCUGAUGAUGGGAAUAGCUUAACAAAUUUCAGGGUAUCGUUGAUUUUUUUCUCUUGGAUAAAUGUCGUUUUCCUCCAGCCCAGUUCCCGGUCUGAUCAUG